CCAAUCACAAUAAGCCAUUCUUUAUCACGUCGAUAACCCGCAAAGGCGCGUCCACCACAUAGUCGGAUUUCGCUUCUUUACCUGGAGAGAUUGAUGCUUUGCUAUCAUCGUGUGCAUGCCCUACGUAUCACAUCCACCAACGUAGUCGAGGAGCAUACGGUAGGUCUGGCUGAUGAUAUGUCUGCAUUCAGAAAACGCCUGCCGCGGCUUAUAAAACCACGAGCCAGUGCCAUGGGCGUCGAUGACGCCAUGACUUGUUUACGAGCACCGCGGCACUGGCAGCUCAAGUUCUUCAAAAGCAAUAUGAGUUUUGACUUUUCCAUACGGUGUUUUCGUGACUUGAUCUCUACCAUUCUGACUUCCAGCAAUCAUGGGUGACGCGAGUGGAGCUGCAGAUGCUGAAAAGUCCUGCUGGGUGACAUUGGUGACCAAACCAUCGUACCUACCAGGGGCUAUCAUCCUCGCACAUAGUCUGGAGCAACACCAGUCAAAAUACCCGUUACUGAUACAGUACACCUCAACACUAGGGGAUGAAGCAGUCAAAGCUCUUGAGGAAGAAAGCCGGAACUAUGGUCGCAUUCAACUCCAGAAAGUCGAGCUCUUGUUGCCCAGGAAGGACCAGGAGAAUACUGGCAGUGUUGCCGAGCGAUUCAAAGACACCUUCACCAAGCUUCGGGCCUUUGAACUCUACAAGUUGGGCUUCACCAGGGUAGGAUUCUUGGACGCUGACAUGGCUGUGUUCAACAACCCGGACGAACUCCUUGAAUCCAAACUACCGGGCCGGGACUGGCUAGGUGCGAAUCAUGCGUGUGUCUGCAACCUGGAUCACGACUCCUGGGCGCCGACAGAAUGGCACAAAGGGAACUGUGCCUACACACCUCUGAACAAUCCCGAUGAAGUCGCAAAACCAAUGACUCCUCAAAGCCGACCAACCUACCAUCUACUCAACAGUGGCAUGCUGUUGUUCUACCCGAGUGAGGAGCUAUGGGACAAAAUGCUCGACUUUUUCAACACUACUGAUCGGUUGAAGACAUACCAAUUCCCUGACCAGGAUUUUCUGGCGGACUUCUACCGGAACAAGUGGUACCCUUUGUCAUGGCAAUACAAUGCUCUCAAAACAAUGAGAUACUGGCAUCCUCGGAUCUGGUCAGAUGAAAAGCUCGUCGUCCUUCACUAUAUUGUUGACAAACCAUGGGAGCGACAAGUCGGUCAGGACGGAGUUGCGGGCCACCUGGGACGAGAUGGCGAAACACAUCAGUGGUGGUGGAACAUAUACCAUGACUGGAGGAGGCAAAGGGAAGAUGACAAGAAGAGCUCUCUUGUGCUUGAAGUCGUGGGCAAGCUGGUUGACACCGAGAAGCCGUUCACCGAUCUGAUUCCCUUGCCACAGGAAGUUGGCAAACCUGAAGAUGUGAAGCCAUACCUCGAUAUCUCCGCAUCUGCUGACAUGGUGAUGGGUGUUUGAGAUUUCUGUUUCUACCACAGUACUAAAAGUUAACUUGAGAUGGACACAAAAUUGAGAAGAGUUCUCUCAGCAGUCAUUCGAACCUCAGCCUUGUCCAGCCUUGUGACACAAAGCAAGACAACCACACUGCCUUUUUUCAAACCGAGUAUUCACGUCACACUUCGGCCUUCACAGCUAAAGGUUCGUGAACGAAGUGAC